GGUACUAUGCCCAAAGCCCCGGCAUGCGAUGCUUGGAUUAAAAGCCGCCGCUGAUCGCGUCGCGCGCUCCAUUCCAAUUCCAACGCCGGCCUGACGCCUGUCCGUCCUCCUCCCUAUUCUCCUCGCGAUCGAGCACGCCGUUGCUUCCAUCGUCGAUCCUUCUCCCUCCCUACGUCCACGCACCAGCAUGUCAUCCUCAGAUAGCCCAAAAGUGACUGAAAGGAAAGCUGACAAGGACCAUGAUGGGCAAGAUGAUGGAGAGAAGGGAGGUUUCCUAGACAGGGUUAAGGAUUUCAUUCAAGACAUUGGUGAAAAGAUUGAAGAUGCAGUAGGCUUUGGAAAGCCUACAGCUGAUGUUACUGGGAUCCACAUACCUCAAAUCAGCCUUGAGAAGGUGGAGCUCAUUGUUGAUAUCCUCAUCUCGAACCCGAACCCCGUGCCGAUCCCUCUCGUCGACAUCGAAUACUUGAUCGAAAGCGAAGGGAGAAAGCUCAUCUCUGGCACAAUCCCUGAUGCUGGAACCAUAAACGCUCAUGGCUCAGAGACUGUGAAAAUCCCUCUGCUACUCAUCUAUGAUGACAUCAAGAGCACAUAUGGGGAUAUCAAGCCUGGAAGCAUCAUUCCAUACAAGGUCAGAGUUGUGAUGCACAUAGAUAUCCCGGUAAUCGGAAGGAUCUCUAUACCUCUGGAGAAGAAUGGUGAGAUCCCAGUGCCUUACAGACCAGAGGUUGAUGUAAGCAAGAUCAAGUUUGAGAAGUUCUCCUUCGACGAAGCAACCGCGACUCUCCAUCUGAAUCUUGACAACAAAAACGACUUCGACUUGGGGCUGAACUCUAUGGAUUAUGAAGUGUGGCUCUCAAAUGUGAGCAUUGCAUCUGCUGAGCUCAAAGAAACUACAAAUAUUAAGAAGCAGGAAGUAACAACCAUGAACUUACCAAUCAGCUUCAGACCCAAGGAUUUUGGUUCUGCUAUGUGGGAUAUGAUAAGGGGAAGGGGAACUGGUUACACCAUAAAGGGGCACAUUGAUGUGAACACUCCUUUUGGGCACAUGAAAAUACCUAUAAGCAGAGAGGGCGGAACUACUCGCCUUAAGAAGGAAGAUGACGACGACGAUGAUGAGGAGUAAAAGGUGGCAAGCAUAGAGAUUUUGUGGAACAGCAAUGCUUUCAAGAAUGUGCCCUUUGUAUGCUAGCCAAGUUUCCAUUUCUGCUUACGCUAUCAGAUUAACAUGCCAGCUUAUGUAAACCUGCUAAGGUCUACUUUUUUUCCCUAUAUUGCUGGUCUUGUAACUCUGCCUGCUGGUAGUUCAUUAUUUAUCUAAUUACAGCACGGCCUGAAGAAUAUAUUUUCAACAAUGCAAGUUUAUUCUGCAUGGAGUUUUAUUUGUGAUUAUACAAUGUAUUUGUUUAUAGUCUCAUAUGAUAUUCACACAUGUUCUGUCGGAGGCUUGGAGCCAGGGUGACUGACUGUUUACAUACUCAGCAAGUCGCGCGAAAUAUGAACACGCAAGCUUCAACUAGAGCCUUGGUUAUUCUGCAAUCCUUUUGUUUGUAAAUAUUUUCAUUUCACUAAGUAUGUACUCUUUUAAUUGCCAGCAAGAACUUGUAUCUAAAUCAUUUUUGUGAGAAGCACUGUAACAACUCAAUAGAGCCAUUCUUGAUUUAU